AUGUUUCGCUCAUGUUCUUCGGUAUAUGGCUGUAAUGAUCAUUGCAGAAAUGAUGGUAACUACAAUAGCUAUCUGAGUGAGAGCGUCCCAAAUUCAAGAGAUUUAUGGCCAAAGUACUCGGUCGAUGAGCCUAUUCUUAGAUCUUCGGUGCGUCAAGACUUGAGUUUUUGCGAUGCAAAAACUACUCAGCAAUCAGCAAACGAAGAAAUGCACCUUGCAAAAUUCAAAGAAGAGAUGCCUGCAGCAGGCACUUUCCCUAAAUUGAGCGAAAUAGUAUGCGAUUUCUCAAAUGCAGAAGCAUCACAUCUGCUAACCCCAAAACAUGAACAGCAGUGUUCUUCUGAUUUAUUUGAGAAUCUCUGCCUCGGCCACUUCUCCGCUGGUGCCCAUAUCGCUGGACAACAGCCUAAUUCGGCUAGAGAUUUGUACUCCAAUACACACAACUCUGAAAGUUUUGGAGGAGUAGCUGAAUCCAACAGAUCAUAUAAUUUCAGUCAUAUUUUCCCAUCCUUUUCACCCUCGUAUUUUUCUUCUUCAUUAGCUUCAAAUUCUCUAGGCUUGAACUUGCAAACAUUGGAUCUCUUGACAUCCACCAAUACUGGUGGGAAUUUUAGCCAGCCUUCACACGAUAUUUUAGGUGUUCGUAAAGGAUCGAGUGUAUCUCUAAGCCCGGAUCACAUGCAUGAACUGGCUGAUAGUCCAUCAAACAGCUCCAACAAGACGACAGCUUUCAUGAAUGAAGUUACAAGAGCAAAAAGACCUAGCCGUUCUUCUGAUCAGUCAAAGGAGUCUCAUGCAGAAGCUAAGAAGUCGCGAUCAGUGUCACGGUGCUCAUGCCCACCACUGAAGGUACGAAAGGAGAAACUAGGAGACAGGAUUGCAGCUCUUCAAAAGUUGGUGGCACCUUUUGGCAAGACAGACACAGCCUCAGUAUUAACAGAAGCAAUUGGAUACAUACAGUUCCUUCAUGAUCGAGUGCAGAACUUGAGCAUGCCUUAUAUGAGGUCUUCGCGCAGCAAGCCCAUAAUAAGAUCAGCCAUGCAACUGGGUUUGAGCAAGGAAGGAUAUGGAACUGAUCAUGAUCAAGCGAAGCCAGACCUCAGAAGUAGAGGGCUGUGCCUUCUGCCAAAAUCUUGUGCAUCAUAUAUUACUGGUUUUGAUCAUCACUAAGGGUUUAAUUGGUCACCAUGGCCACUAAUAAUAAAGGAGACACUUUGAAGGCCAAUAAUAUUUAAGAAGAUUAAUAAUGCUGAAAUAUUCAUGAAAAUUAUAUAACCCGGCCCAGCACCUGCGCCCACUGGCUGGCUGUGAUCUUAUAUAUGGACUUAAUUUAUGCUCGUCCUUUUUCUUUCUUUUCUUUUUAAUUUUUUAUUUUUGUAGUCUACUCUUUGCACACUGUAUUUCAAUCUUUCUAUACAUGAAAUUUUUCAUGUUUAGUGGAAGAAGAUUGCUUGUUCUUGAA